GACACUUUUAAUCUUUGAGCUUUUUCAUCCAGUCCUUGGUAACCCUAACGCAACCUAGCGACUUUUAAACCCCCUUUGAACAAAGUAACUUUCACACUUAUUCUAAAUGCGCGAAGUCAUUUCCAUCCACGUCGGUCAAGCUGGUGUCCAGAUCGGUAACGCCUGCUGGGAACUCUACUGCUUGGAGCACGGUAUCAACCCUGAUGGUCAUCUCCCUGAAGGUGAAGGCAACGGUGAUAACUCCUUCGAUACUUUCUUCUCUGAGACCAGCAGCGGAAAGCACGUUCCCCGUACCGUCUUCGUCGAUCUUGAACCCACUGUCGUUGAUGAAGUCCGUACCGGUACCUACCGUCAACUUUUCCACCCUGAGCAAUUGAUCACUGGAAAGGAAGAUGCUGCUAACAACUACGCUCGUGGUCACUACACCAUUGGCAAGGAGCUCGUUGAUGUUGUCUUGGACCGUAUCCGCAGACUCGCUGAUAACUGUACUGGUCUUCAAGGUUUCCUUGUCUUCCACUCCUUCGGUGGUGGUACCGGUUCCGGUUUCGGUGCUUUGCUUCUUGAACGUUUGUCUGUUGACUAUGGCAAGAAGUCCAAGCUCGAGUUCUCCGUCUACCCCGCUCCUCAGGUGUCCACUGCCAUCGUUGAGCCCUACAACUCCAUCUUGACCACCCACACCACUCUUGAGCACUCUGAUGUUGCUUUCAUGGUUGAUAACGAAGCUAUCUACGAUAUCUGCCGUCGCAACUUGGAUAUUGAGCGUCCCACAUACUCCAACUUGAACCGUUUGAUCGCUCAAGUUGUUUCCUCCAUCACUGCUUCCCUCCGUUUUGAUGGUUCCCUCAACGUCGAUUUGAACGAAUUCCAGACCAACUUGGUCCCUUACCCCAGAAUUCACUUCCCCUUGGUCACUUAUGCUCCUAUCAUCUCUGCUGCCAAGGCUGGUCACGAGAACUUGUCUGUCUCUGAGAUCACCAACUCUUGCUUCGAGCCCAACAACCAGAUGGUUAAGUGCGAUCCCCGUCACGGAAAGUACAUGGCCUGCUGCUUGUUGUACCGUGGUGAUGUUGUUCCCAAGGACACCAAUGCUGCUGUUGCUGCCAUCAAGACCAAGAGAACCAUUCAAUUCGUUGACUGGUGCCCUACUGGUUUCAAGAUUGGUAUCAACUACCAAGCUCCCACCGUUGUUCCCAACGGUGAUGUUGCCAAGGUCUCCCGUGCCGUCUGCAUGUUGUCCAACACCACUGCCAUUGCCGAAGCCUGGGCUCGUCUUGACCACAAGUUCGAUCUCAUGUAUGCCAAGCGUGCUUUCGUCCACUGGUAUGUCGGUGAAGGUAUGGAGGAAGGUGAAUUCUCUGAAGCUCGUGAGGAUUUGGCUGCUCUUGAGAAGGAUUACGAGGAAGUCGGUUCUGACUCCCUUGGCUACUCCGAUGCCGAAGAAGUUGAGGAAUACUAAAUGCUCCGCUUCUGCUAUGAGGACUCAAUACUAUGAGAAUUUCCUCUGACCUUUUCAUUUUUCUUUUUGCCAAGAAAAAGAAUGAACAGAAUAAAAAUACCCUUUGGAUAUUUGUGAAUUAUGUUG